AUGGCCUCGCGACCCAAAUUCGAAGUCCGGGAAUACGCCGACCACAAAGCACCCAAACCCGCAUCCCCCAGCGCCAGCGUGAUCCUCGUAUCCCCGACCAACGAAAUUCUUCUUCUGCACCGAGUGCAAACAUCAUCGGCAUUCCCAUCUGCACACGUGUUUCCCGGCGGUAAUCUUGAGUCCUCCGAUGGCGAAGUCGCUCCCAAUCCCACAGAUAUACAACGACAUCUAGACAGUAUCGCAUACCGCACAGGCGCGAUCCGAGAACUAUUCGAAGAGACCGGGAUCUUGUUAGCGCGGGCAUCGAAGGACGCGCAGAGACUGUUGCCCGUAUCCAGGGAAGAGCGCCAGCGAGGCCGCGAAGCCGUGCACGGCGGCAAGACAACAUUAGCAGAAUGGUUGAAGUCCAUCUCCCCCACUGCCGUGCUCGACACCGACCGUCUCAUCCCGUUCACGCAUUGGGUCACGCCGCCUAAUGUCCCUAAACGCUUCACUACGCAGAUGUAUCUGUAUUUCGUGGGUCUUGAGGAGGCGGGGAACCCGUCCGUCCAGGCCACGGCCGAUAAGAUUGAGACCAUGGCUCCUGAAUGGCGAAGGGCAAAGGACUGGUUGAGUCGUGCCCGGUCAGGUGAAAUCAUUUUGUUUCCGCCGCAGUUUUUACUGUUGUGGUUGAUCUCGGGGAUAUUGGAUGCUGGUAACGAGACUAAAGAAAGUCACGACGAGAUCCUCGCAAAGCGCGCCCAGCUGAGACAUCUCAUUGAGAACGAAGGGUCGCCUGUGCCUUGGAAAGAUAAGUUCAUCAGUCCCAUCGGAUUGCAAUUCGGGAGAGAGGAUGGUCGGUCCGUGCUGGCGCUGGACAAGCCUGGCCCGGAGUUGAAGUCGUCCAACUUGAAGGGUGACUCGGACUAUGUCGUCCUGGUCAAGUUCAGCAAAGAGGGUCCUAGACAGGUAGAGGUGGCGUUGAAGAAGGAUGUCUUGCAGAAAGAGAGAUUGCUCAAGGAGCAGAAAGAGAAAGAAAAGGAUAAACAGAACCCAAGCAAGUUAUAA